AUGGACGACGUGCCCAGCCCCCAUCGUAGCCAGUCGAGGAGGGGUGGAGGGGGUCAGUGCCGCGAUAUUGGGGAUAUUGGCCUGGUCGAGGAUACCAGUGUUGGUGACUCUAUCUUCCCAGUGGAUUUGCAGGAUGUAGCUCGGUCAGCAUUAGUGGGACCGCUCAGGCACCUUGAGGUGCCCGCUGUAGACAGUCCGCAUCUCAGAGCCUACCAGGAGGAUUACAUCACACGCUGCGACUUCAACGAUGACGCCAAACCCUACUGCGACUGGGUCCAACCCUCCAGCGAUGACGGAGACUGGGACCACUCGAAAGGUUCGGCAUUAACCAAGCCAUCGGAGGACCAUCUUGCACCUUGGGACGUGGACAACAGGACAGGUUACUAUAUCUACCUGGAUGCUGUCAAACUUCGAAGCAAACAGUCCAUCCGUCUGGAAAGUUCGACCGUGAAUGUCACUGGCGAUGUGUGUGUGGAGUUCUCAUACUACAUGUAUGGACUAUAUGAUAAUGGACAGACCCUCAGCGUCCUGCUGGCUCAAGGCCCAGGUGACAUGCAGCUGUGGAAUCGUACCGUGCCCCAGAGCCACGCCUGGCUGUCGGAGUCCGUCACCAUCCCGGGACAGACCAGCGGCACCGUCCAGGUCGUCUUCGAGGCGACCCGAGGCCUGGACGACACGGCUCAAACGGCGCUGGAUAACGUUGCCAUAACGAUGGGGCCUUGCUUCGUCGGGCAGUACAUGCUGAUUCUCUCAGCAGACAACAAACCAGGGCAGAAGUUCCAUUUGAAGAGCCCGCUGGUGACCCCCUCCCGGUGCCUUUCCCUGACCUUUCACUAUUACCUGUAUGGGACUGCAACAACAAUGGCAGUAAAUGUCUAUGCAGAGCAGCCAGGAGGGUCUAUGGGACGUCCAUUACUCAGCAUCACUGGAAACCAAGGGCGUCGGUGGAUCGAGGCCCAGGUUGUUCACUGUGGAGAUUCACCAAUCCAAUUUGUCAUAGAAGGUGUUCGAGGAGAAACUCCAGCCUCUGAUAUCGCCGUGGACAAAGUCUGCAUCUUCGCCUGUAGCGGUCCAGAAACAACACCGAGCGACCCACAGAGCACAAUACCACCAACUGUCGAUGAUAUCUUGACCCCUGGGACCAUUACAGACCACCUUUCGACCAUAGAGGCCUCCUCAGCAAAUAUAAGUCCGGAAUCAACACCGAGCGACCCACAGAGCACAAUACCACCAACUGUCGGUGAUGUCUUGACCCCUGGGAUCAUUACAGACCACCCUUCGACCAUAGAGGACUCCUCAGCAAAUAUAAGUCCGGAAUCAACACCGAGCGACCCACAGAGCACAAUACCACCAACUGUCGAUGAUGUCUUGACCCCUGGGAUCAUUACAGACCACCCUUCGACCAUAGAGGCCUCCUCAGCAAAUAUAAAUCCGGAAUCAACACCGAGCGACCCACAGAGCACAAUACCACCAACUGUCGAUGAUAUCGUGACCCCUGGGAUCAUUACAGACCACCCUUCGACCAUAGACGUCUCCUCAGCAAAUACGGGUCCGGAAUCAACACCGAGCGACCCACAGAGCACAAUACCACCAACUGUUGGUGAUGUCUUGACCCCUGGGAUCAUUACAGACCACCCUUCGACCAUAGAGGCCUCCUCAGCAAAUAUAAGCCCGACUGAAGCCAGUGUGUCAGACUCAACCCUGGACUGGUCCUCACCGACACCAUCAGUACCUUCCACAAGGCCCCCCGAGAUCCUGCAGUGCCAGGUGGAAGAGACACCGAAAGAUUACAUCACGCGCUGUGACUUUAAUGAUAACCUGAGACCCUACUGCCAAUGGACCCAGGAAUGUGACACUGACAGCGGCGAAUGGAUUAGAACCAAUGGCGAGACCCCUACCCAGGGCACGGGGCCCUCCGCCGAUCAGCCCGCGCCCUGGGGGGAUGGGGUGACUCACGAUCUCCACCGCCAAGCUCUGGGGAGGAAUCCGAUUGGCCGACGGGCUGCUUGUAGUCCCGCCGGCUCCAGGCCGGGGGGCAAUGCCCCUGAGAAAGAGGCCCCAGGCCACUACGUCUACGAGGAGGCCAGUAACUUUGCCGCCAACCAGUUCAUCCGCCUGACGAGCCCGAGCCUGAACAUCAGCGGUGAGGUGUGUGUUGAGUUCUCCUACCACAUGUACGGACAGACCAGCGAUGGAGGGACCCUCAACGUCCUGGUGGCUGAAGGCCCGAGCAGGCUGUUGCUGUGGAAUCGGACUGUGCCCCAGAGCCACGCCUGGCUGUCAGGGGCAGUCACUGUCCCAGGAUCCAGCUCCAGGAGCAUUCAGGUCAUCUUCGAAGCAGUGCGAGGUUCGACUGAAGUUGGUGAUAUCGCCCUGGACAACGUCGCCGUGGUAACCGGGCCCUGUUUCUCCUGCCCCAGUGGCUGCGAUUUUGAUGAGGAUCUUUGCGGCUGGAAGACGUUCAUGGGCAACGCAAGUGACGAAGGCUGGAUCCAGGGAACAGGCCGCGUUGCUGACCUCUCAAAGCCUGGCUUUGGACAAUACAUGCUGCUGGAUUCAAACUUCAACACAGCAGGACACAAGUUCCAUCUGAAGAGCCCGUUCAUCCACUCCAUGCAGUGCCUUACCCUGACCUUUUACUACUAUCUGAACAGGACAAUGGCAAUGAAUGUCUACACACAGCAACAACAAGGAUCUUUCAGCGGUGCGUUAGGUUAUACUUCCUCCGGAGACCCGCUGCAGCAGUGGACAAAGGCCCAGGCGGUUUAUUGUGGAGCAACACCUGUUCAGUUUAUUAUAGAAGGCGUUUCAGGAGACAAGGAUGCUCAACUUGGAGUGGACAAAGUCUGCAUCAACUGUUUGGAUGGCGUUUGUAUCGUGUCUGGAGAUCCUCACUACAUAACCUUCGAUAAAAGGAAGUUCACCUUCCUGGGGACCUGCACCUACACACUCGCCAGAAGUUGCGAAAAUAAGACAGGACCCUGGUUCAGCAUCGAAGGCAAGAAUGAGGAGAGGGGAUUACCUGGAGCUACUUACCUCCGAAAACUGUACAUCACCAUUGACAGUAUCACCAUUACUCUGAUGAAAAACAGGCGAAUCCUGGUGGGCCAAACAAGAGUGAGGCUGCCAAAGCAAGUGGGCAGAGUCCAUCUCUCUCAGUCCGGCCAAUACGUCAUGGUCCAGACAGAUUUUGGCUUGCAGCUACAGUACGACGGGAACCAUUUCGUGAAGAUAACUGUACCGGGCAACUACAACCAACAGAUGUGCGGAUUCUGUGGUAACUUUAACGGUGAUCCUGUUGAUGACUACCUGAUGCCAGAUGGGUCCUUGGCGGUGAAUGACACCAUAUUUGGAGAGAGCUGGAAGACGGAAAAUGAUGAGGAUGAGAGCUGUAGGACGAUUGUCCCAAUUCCAUGCGAGAAAGAAAUCUUUGACAAAGUGAUCAGCGAUGACCAGUGCGGACUCAUCAUUAAUACGACAGGACCGUUCAGGGACUGUGUUGAUAUUGUGGACCCCAUGCCUUACUUCAACAACUGCGUGUAUGACAUGUGCCAGUUCCAGGGUUUCCAACCGCCUCUGUGUGACCAACUUCAGGCCUACACUGAUAUCUGUCUAUCUGUCGGAGUCACGGUGCACAAUUGGAGGGCUCCAGAUUUUUGUGCUCUACCUUGCCCGUCAAACUCCCACUACAACGUAUGCGCCAACAUGUGCCCAGAGACGUGUAGCCAACUCAACAACCCUGACUGCUCAAGUAAAUGCAUUGAAGGAUGUAACUGUGACCCUGGGUAUGUCCUCAGUGACAGUCAGUGUGUCCCCCGCUCUGACUGUGGAUGCUCUGACGACGAAGGCAAUUAUCACCUGAUCAACGAGUCUUGGUACCUACCAAAGUGCGACAAGAAAUGUACCUGCGUCAGUCCAAAGCACGUCUCCUGUCAGGAUGCGGGCUGCUUGAAUUCGGAGGAGUGCAAGCUGCUGGAUGGAGUUUAUGGCUGCUAUUCAAAGGGCCAUGAAACGUGCAGCGCCUCAGGAGACCCCCACUACAAGACGUUCGACAAGCUCUCGUACAACUUCAUGGGGAACUGCACUUACACCUUCUCCAAGCUCUGCAACACCUCGUCCAACCUGCCCAACUUCAUCGUGGAGACCACCAACGAGCAGCGGGGCAAGAACACACGGGUCUCCUACGUCAAGGCCGUGCACGUUGCUGUCCACGGUCUGAACGUGACCAUAACGAAGAAGCAAAAAGUCAUUCUAAACGGACGGACGGUCAACACGCCCAUCCUCGAUGACAAGCUGCAGAUCCGCAUCAGCGGCCGCUUCGUCUCCCUGGAGACGGACUUCGGCCUGAAGGUGCGCUACGACGGGAACCAUCAUGUUGACGUCACCGUCCCCUCUUCCUAUGAAGGAGAGCUGUGCGGCCUCUGUGGAAACUACAACGGAGACCAUUCUGAUGACAAACGCAAGCCCAACGGUGACAUCACCAGCAGCUCUUCUGACUUUGGGGCCAGUUGGCUGGUAUCAGACCAGGACACUGAGUGUAACCACGAUGAUCCUCCCGAGGACUGCGAUAAGGAUGAAUUUAAGAAACCCGGGAGCUGUGGAUUUACGAUGGACCCGAAGGGUCCCUUCCGAGAAUGCAACAAGCACAUCCCACCAGAGAGCUACUUUGAGGACUGUGUCUACGACAUGUCCUGUGGGACUGGCGGCAUGGCCACACUCUGCUUCGCCCUGGGAUCCUAUGCCACACUCUGCGCCAAAGCCGGAUUCCCCGUCAGAUGGAGAAACCAGACCUUCUGCCCUCUGAAUUGCCCGGCCAAUAGUCACUAUGAGCCGUGUGCCAGUGCCUGCCCUGCGUCCUGUACUGACCUAUCAGCCCCUGGUGACUGCAGUGGACCGUGUGUGGAGGACUGUGUCUGUGAUGUGCAGCACGUCUUGAGUGGGGACCAGUGCGUCCCCUUCACCCAGUGCGGCUGUGUGGACCCUGACAGGAACUACCGGCUGCUGGGAGAGUCCUGGAUGGCAACUGAAGACUGCACCAAACGCUGUACCUGCUCCAGUCCCAGCAACAUCAUGUGUGAGGAUUGGCACUGUGGGCCCCUGGACAAGUGCAUGGUGUUGGACGGUGACCUGGGCUGUAUCACAUCAGGCACCGCCUCCUGUCACGUUGCCGGUGACCCCCACUACUACACCUUCGACAACGUCAUGCACACCUUCCUGGGCACCUGCACCUACACCUUGGUCAGCGUCUGCAACACCACCAUGGUCACGCCGUUCACCGUCAGCGGCAAGAACGAGGAGCGGGGCAUGCCGUACGCCUCCUACCUCAGCGAGGUCCACGUCGAGGUCAAAGGCCUGAACAUCGUCAUGCAGAAGGGCAGCAGGUUGCUGCUCAAUGAUAAAAUGAUCAGGACACCAUUUGAGGACAACGUGGCCGGAGUCAACAUCUACUCCAGCGGCAUCUACAACGUCCUCGAGACCCGGUUUGGCCUGAUGGUCAGGUUCGACGGCAACCAUCACCUUGAGAUUAAACUGCCAAACACAUACUUUGGAAAGGUGUGCGGUAUGUGCGGAAACUUUAACAAUGAGCAAGCUGACGAGCUCCUGAUGCCCAACGGUCUCCAGGGUAAAAACGUCACCCAGUUUGGCAACAGUUGGCAGAUCCAGGGUGACAAGGACUCACGCUGCCAGUCUGAUGACCGGGAGGAUCUGGACCCGAUGUGUACGCCUGAAGAUAAGAAGGUGUGGACAGCCCAGUGCGAGGAGCUGUUAACAGCCAAGUACCAGCCGUGUCACAGCACCGUGAAGCCAGCAGCAUUCAUUGAGAACUGCGUGUUUGACAUGUGCAUGUACUCCGGCAUGAUCUCCACUCUCUGCGAUAAUAUCCAGUCCUACAUUGAAGCCUGCAAGAGUGAGGGCAUUGACAUUAAGUGGAGGAACAGCACCUUCUGUCCCCUGCCCUGCCAGAAGAACAGCCACUACACCGAGUGUGCCACACCCUGCCCAGCUACCUGCACGGACAUCUACGCCCCCUCGACCUGCGAGGACCACCGGGAGUGCGUGGAGGGCUGCGAGUGUGACGAGAACUUCGUGCUGAGCGAUGACCGAUGCGUUGCCUUGGCGGACUGCGGCUGCGUCGACUACAACGGUGACUACCACGAGUCGGGCGAUACCUGGCUGAACAAGCGCUGUGACACAAAGUGUACCUGCAAGAAAGGACACAUACGCUGCAAGGAACACAAGUGUGUGGAGAACUCGGUGUGUCUCUUGAAGAAGAACGGAAAAUACAAGUGUACGCCGGUUGCUUUCGAGACGUGCCUGAUCUCCGGCGACCCUCACUAUCUGACCUUCGAUGGCCUCGCCCACCACUUCCAAGGCAAGGGCACUUACACCCUGGUCACCACCCACAACAUUUCUGAGGCCCUGCAGCCGAUCAACAUCGAAGGCAAGAACGAAGUGAGGAACAGGAACACAAAGGUCUCCUACCUGUCUGCAGUGUACAUCGACGUUUACGGCCACUCCAUCGAAUUCCACAAAAAGAAACGUUUCAUGUUGGAUGAUGAAAGGGUGAUCCCACCUUACAAGUCGCGUGAAGGUUUCCAUGUCUACCAGAGAGCCAGGACCCUCUACCUGGAGACGGACAUUGGCCUCUCAGUCAACUUUGAUGGGAGAGAAAAUGCAGAUAUUAUCAUCCCGAGCCUGUACAAGAAAAAGGUCCGAGGGCUGUGUGGCACAUACGACGGUAGGUACAGGAAUGACUUUACAUUGCCCAACGGCACACGUGUUUCCAGUCUGAAUGUGUUCGGGAACAGCUGGAAGGUAGAGGAUAGGGACGAUGAUGACUACGACUGGGAGGGAGAUGACGAUGACGAUGACGACGACGAUGAGGAUGACAACGAAGAUAGCCGGAUGAGACAGAAGCCGCAGGAAUCCAACAGGCAGAGGUACAGGCGUGAAAUCGUCAGCGAGGACACUGAUCCCGAGCCAGAGACAGGUUUUACAGCAGCGUGUAGCGCUGACCAGCUGGCUAUGAUGAACAGCACGGCUUACUGCUGGGGGAUUGCAGACCCUCAGGGGCCAUUCCGAGACUGCCAUCGCAAUGUUGACCCGGAACAAUAUUACCAGAACUGUCUAUUCGACUUGUGCCAGUUCUACAACAAUUCCGAGAUGUUGUGCGACAGAUACGAGACAUAUGUUCAGGUCUGCCAGGCAAAUGGGACCACCCUGCCAAACUGGAGGCAAGAAACCAGCUGUGCUAUGGCCUGCCCUCCACACAGUACAUACAAGUCGUGCAUGGCUGCCUGUCCUCCCACCUGCGCCAACCUGGCUGCCCCUUCAGAAUGCGACGCUCCAUGCAUGGAAGGCUGCGAGUGUGACCGGGGCUUUGUCUACAGCGGUUUUGACUGUGUGCCUUACAAACAGUGCGGCUGCACCUAUCGCAACAAGUAUUACGAGGUUGGAGAAAGGUUUAUCACAGACGAUUGCUCUGAAGACUGCACGUGUAACACGACACAAACUGUUGGCUGCUUCAGAAUGGGAUGCCCAGAGAACACAACGUGUAGCGUCAUCAACGGCAACAGGGCCUGUGUCUUAGUUGGGCUUAACUGCUCAGCAGGUUUCUGUGAAAAUGGUGGCACAUGUCAGGCGACAGUAAAUGGACCGAAGUGUGUGUGUUCUCCAUCCUUCACAGGAACACGCUGCGAGUUUGGGCUUAACUGCCCGGAUGAUUUCUGUGAAAAUGGUGGCACAUGUCAGGCGACAGUAAAUGGACCGAAGUGUAUGUGUUCUCCAUCCUUCACAGGAACACACUGCGAGUAUGGUACGUGUGCAUCAAGCCCCUGCAAGAACGGAGGCACUUGCAUCCAGUAUGAAGACAAAUAUGAGUGCUCAUGUCCUGCUUUGUAUGAUGGUGACUUAUGUGAAGAUGUCACCGAUGUCAUCAUUGUCGCGGUAGUGGUGGUUGCUGUGGUCCUUCUCAUUGUAGGGGCAGUGCUGAUUUACUUCUGCUGCUGCAGGAAUAGAGGAUCAAAGGGAAGUGAUACAAUGAGUGACAUUAGCUCCUUCAGCAGCGACAUCGAUUUGAAUGCAAUAAUUCGGCAAAUCGAAGUUAAUGAACGUCACGGUGGCAUAUCAAAUCCACGUUUCAACUACUAA